AUAAAAAGCAAAAUUAGUGAAUAUUUAAUUUACCAGCAAACGUAAACGUUUUACAGUAUUUGCAUAACCAAUGAGGGCCGUCAGUUUACAGCGAAGUGCGUGCAGCGCAUUCAUGGUGUUUCCAUUGCUAAUAUUGCUUGAUAUGUCCGGAUAAAUCUAGAAGAAAUUAAAAACGCAUUCUGUGCCCCGGACCCUGACUGGAGGAAGCCACGGGGAAGGAAGUUUGACAGCAUGGUCCGGUGCACAGUCCUUCAGUUUUGCGGGAUACAGUAACAAAAUAAAUAUAUUAAAAUAAAGCAUUGCACACGAACCUCGUUUUCCUUUGCAUGCAUGCUUCACUUGGGGGUGUUCAGAUUUGCUGUGGAAAUCACAUUUUUUUGUUUAUUAUACUGGCUGUCACAAGACGCUUGUUCCGUUUGAAACUGCUUCCCUUGCAGUAAGAGUCACGAGUUCUCUCAGGUGGAUCUUUGUUUGAGUUUCCAGUAAGCAGCGUAUUAAUUAGUACAUUCUGGGACUAGCUGCCAGCUGCUGUUUGUAUACGGCUCAGCAGCCAACCGCUGUUCAAAUUUCACCCGCAAUUUGUUGGUGGUCGAUAACGCUAUCUAUUCAUACUCUGAAUGAUUAUAUUUGAAUCAUGAUUUCCUUGGAAGAAGCAAGGUCCCGCUUGGAACUGGCCGGCCAGUCACAGUUGUUACGGUUCUGGCCUGAGCUCAGCGCCGAUGAACGGGACUCUUUCCUGGGCGAGCUGUCUCUGCUAGAGCCCGAGGAGUUGAGGGAGCACUGCCGGGCGGCUGCAGAAGCUGGCAGCCGGGAUUCGGUGGCUGUGGGGCAGCUGGACCAGCGCAUGGAGCCCGUGCCCGCGGAAUUCAUCGGGAGCGUCAGCAGGAGUGACCGGGAGGCUUUAAAACAGUGGGAAUACGAAGGGUUCCUGCAGAUUUCUCAGAACAAGGUGGCUGUUCUUCUCCUUGCGGGGGGUCAGGGAACUCGUUUGGGGGUGCCGUACCCCAAGGGGAUGUACAACGUGGGGCUCCCGAGUGGCAAGACUCUGUACCAGAUACAGGCAGAGCGCAUCCGCAGAGCAGAGCAGCUAGCAGCUGAGAGGUGCGGCUUCAGCAAGUGCACCAUCCCAUGGUACAUCAUGACCAGCGAAUUUACAUUGGAACCAACAGAGAAGUUUUUCAAGGCAAACCAGUACUUUAACCUGGACCAGUCUAACGUGGUGAUGUUUGAGCAGAGGAUGAUCCCGGCAGUUUCAUUCGAUGGAAAAGCCAUCCUAGAAAACAAGGGGAAGGUGGCGAUGGCACCAGAUGGCAAUGGUGGUCUGUACCGGGCAUUGGUGGAUGGGAAGAUCCUUGAGGAUAUGGACCGGCGAGGAGUUCAGUAUAUACAUGUGUACUGUGUGGACAACAUCCUGGUCAAAAUGGCAGAUCCACUUUUUAUAGGAUUCUGUGUGUCGAAAGGAGCGGACUGUGGGGCAAAGGUGGUAGAGAAAGCAUACCCCACAGAGCCGGUGGGGGUGGUGUGCCGUGUGGACGGGACCUAUCAGGUCGUGGAGUACAGCGAGGUCAGCCUGGAGACGGUGGAGAAGCGAAACGCAGACGGGUCGCUGGUGUUCAACGCUGGGAACAUCUGCAACCACUUCUUCACCCUCAGCUUCCUCAAGUCUGUUGCAGAGAAAUUCGAACCCAAGUUAAAACAGCACGUGGCUUUCAAGAAAGUGCCAUACGUGGACGAGGAAGGAAACCUGGUGAAACCAGACAAGCCCAACGGAAUCAAGAUGGAGAAGUUCGUGUUUGACGUCUUCCAGUUUUCCAAGAAUUUCGUGGCUUUCGAGGUGUCGAGAGCAGACGAGUUUUCCCCUUUAAAGAAUGCAGACACUGCAGCCAAGGACACCCCGACCACGGCACGCCGGGCCCUGCUGGCACAGCACUACCGCUGGGCGCUGGGCGCCGGGGCCAGCUUCCUGGACAGGGAGAACAGGAAACUGCCAGGGAAGCCCAGUCUGGCAGAAAACGAAGACCCCCCUGCGGUGUGUGAGAUUUCUCCAUUAGUGUCCUACUUCGGGGAGGAUCUUGAGGUGCUGAUGAGGGACCGGGAGAUUCGCUCGCCCCUCAUACUUGACGAAAAGAAAGCAGAAGAGAUCCGGAAGGGUCAAAAACCGCUGUGACUGUUUACAAUGAACUUGGCUGGUGAUUUUACUGGAGUAAACAUUCCAGUCAAAAAAAAAUUCAAAAGUGGGAUAAUGAUCACGAUUUAUAUCGUAUUUAAAUUUUUUUUUUUUAAUUUCCUGCCUUAUUGUAUCCUGUACUAAUUAACUCCUGCAUAUAAACAUUUUGUGAAGUUUCA